CCCGCCGCCAUCCGAAAUCAGCAAGCUAUUCAUCAUAAGGUCUAACUAAAAAAAUCAUGGUCAGAUCUAAAUAUGGGAACUGGGGCCCACAACCCUAACGAACGGCCAAGGCCGAAUCCCCAGCAUCAACGGUCUCGAUUGGACAUCGUCAGAGUACAAUCGCCACACGUUUGUUUGUACAACCAACUCUUGGGUUACAGAUCCCUUCUUUUCUAUUUCCUCUCAUCACCACCAAAUUCCCCUUUCUCUUUCUAGCCUGGUUUGUCGGACCAGCUCUCGCGAGGGCUCAAGAGCUUCGGAAGAGAGAGAAAGAGAUUGGACAAUGAACGGCGGAGAUUUGAACCAGCAACAGCAGCAGCAGCAGCAACAGUUGCAGCAGCAGCAGCAAUGGGCGGCGAUGCAGCAGUAUCAGCAGCAAUGGAUGGCGAUGCAGUACCCGGCGGUGGUGAUGCAUCAGAACAUGAUGUACAACCAGCAUUACGUGCCGUACUACCCCCACCACCAGCAUCAAUUCCCUCAGCCCAGGCAGAGCAAUCAGAUUCAGAGUUCGGGGGAGGAUAACAAGACCAUCUGGAUCGGAGAUCUCCUGCCCUGGAUGGAUGAAGCUUAUCUCAACUCUUGUUUUUCUCAAACUGGAGAGGUUGUCUCUGUUAAGAUAAUACGCAACAGGCAUACCGGCCAGUCCGAGAGGUACGGAUUUAUCGAGUUCAGCUCUCACACGGCAGCAGAGACUGCCCUUCAAGGCUACAAUGGCACCACAAUGCCUAACGCCGACCAACCUUUCCGCCUCAAUUGGGCAGCUUUCAGUGGCGGUGGUGGCGACAGGCGGCCUGAGGCCGGUUCCGAUUCUUCCAUUUUCGUUGGGGAUUUAGCCGCUGAGGUCACAGAUUCACUUUUGUUAGAAACCUUUGCCAGUAAGUAUCCAUCUGUGAGAGGUGCGAAGGUGGUGGUUGAUUCCAGCACGGGUCGCUCGAAAGGCUAUGGGUUUGUCAGGUUUGGUGACGAUAACGAGAAGUUGAGGGCACUGACUGAAAUGAAUGGCGUGCUUUGUUCGAGUAGGCCGAUGAGGAUUAGUGUUGCCACUCCAAAGAAGCCCUUGCUACAUCAGCAGCAGUAUGCUUCUCAAGGUCAGCCAGAGAGUGAUUUAUCUAACACGACGAUAUUUGUGGGCGGACUCGACUCUGAUGUCUCUGAUGAAGAACUCAGAGGGUCCUUUAUUGCAUUUGGUGAAGUCAUAUCUGUUAAGAUACCAGCUGGAAAGGGAUGUGGUUUUGUACAAUUUGCAAACAGAAGCAGUGCAGAGGAAGCAAUUCAGAGAUUAAAUGGAUCAGUUAUUGGCAAGCAGACAGUUCGCCUUUCUUGGGGCCGAAGCCUGGGCAACAAGCAGUGGAACGGGGCUCAGUAUGGGAGGCAAAAUUACAAUGGAUACGGAUAUGCUGGUGCAGCCUAUGGCACAUCUUCAAACGGCAACAUCAACAACCACCAGCAGCCAGUUUUGAUAUGUUUUAAGUUUGGCUUAGACUGGGCAGUAUUAGACUGUUACUCGAAUGUUUGUGGUGCACUAUACGAUAUGGAGACUGUUAACAUGUAUUUUUAUUUAUGUUUUGAGUAUGACUUCCUCGGCAAUCUUGUUCCACUCACCUGA